UGCCAACAUGGGUGGAAAUAAGAAAGCACAACGUACGAAAGGAAAUACACGGCCUUCUAGCAGUGGUCGAAGUGCUGAACUUCUAUCAGCUAGUGGUGUUAGUGUGUCAGGUUUUUUGGGAUUCACUGCUCUCUCUACUGAUCUACCAAGUUAUGUACCAGCUGUAGGUCAACAACUCUCAGAUGAUGUGGAGCUGACCAUUGAUGGAGAUUUCCGGUUAGCAAUGAAGAAAAUGUCAAAACGAGAUGCUACCACAAAAUUGAAAGCCCUCCAUGAGUUUAUGGAUUUAUGCCAACUAAAAGAUGAAGAUACAAUUAAAAGAAUGCUACCUUUUUGGCCAAGACUGUACAUUAAACUUGCAGUGGAUUCUGACAGAAGAGUUCGUGAAGCCACCCACCAUGCUCAUGAAUGUUUAGUUUCAAGAGUCAGACGCAAUCUUGCUCCACACCUAAAAAGUAUCAUGGGAGUGUGGGUGAUAACACAGUGUGAUCCUUAUGCCCCUGCUGCUAGUGCUGCUCAAGCAUCAUUCAGAUGUGCCUUUCCCGAAGCCAAGCAGGCAGAAGCUGUGUUGUAUUGUUUAAGUGAAAUAUGCAGUUAUAUCCAGGAUAUUUUAUUCAAACAAACCAGCCAAUCAAUAAGUGACCCAAAGAUCACAUCUGUUGAAGAUAUGGAGUCAAAAUUUAAUCGGAUGGUGUCUAGUAGUCUACAAGGUCUAAAACUUGUCCUUGAAUUACUUACUGAAGAAGACAGGCUAAAGACAGUGAAACACUUAUCUAAAGUUCUUUCAGAACCAAAGUUUUGGAAGUUUCCUAAAAGCAAUGAUCCACAGAUUCGAGGUUCCUGGUAUAGCUUGGUAUCAAAACUCUGUCAACUGUUUCCUGAUGUUAUGAGGCCCCAUAUUGACAAGAUUUGCUCUCUCACACUCUGUUGUGUGGGAGAAGAAGAUCCUGUAAUUGCACCAUUUGUGUGGGAUAGUAUUCUUUCUGUUCUAGUGACAUUUGAGGAUUGUUGGAGUCAUGUAAAUGUGAGGAAGGCAGUUCUGCCUCAUUUGUGGACACUGCUGAAAGAAGGUGGGAAAGGAAAUGCUGAUAGAACUUUCUGCAAUCUUCUUCCAUUUCUUAGCAAGAUUCCUGAAAAUGUUAUUGGUGCAGACUACACAUUCUAUGAACUGUUUUUUGGAAACAUGAGAAAAGGUUUGGCCUCAGAAAAAGUUGCAAACUCUCCUAGCGAGUGUAAUUCGAUCAUUAAAGCAUAUUUCGAAUGCUUAAAGUAUGUAAUUACUCAGCAGACCAAAAAAGAAAUCUCCUCGAAAUCCCUUGUGGAUCUGCUUGUUGUGAAAGAGCUACUUCCUGUGGUAGAAACUUCUCUGAUGGACCCUCAGUCUAAGCUUGCCACUUCUGACUUGUAUCCAAGACUUGGAAAACUCUCAGAUAUCUCGAGUGUUCUUCACUAUCCAGAUAAAAUUCCAGUGAAAAGAAAGAAACAAGGUGUGAAAUUUUUAGAUUUAGAUGAUACGUCUGUGUCCAGAGGCAACAUACUUGAAACUAGUUUCACAACAAGAACUUUAGAAACAGAAAGGAGCUGGACACUUUCUGAUAGCUUAUUAGUUUCCAAUACACACAAGCUGUGUAAAUUAGUAUUUGAAAAACUGAAAGAUGAGUUGGUACUUUCAUACCUUAAGCUCUUAGCAGAAAUGAUUGGAACAGUGGGAAGUCCCACUCUAUUUGCUGCAUUGGUGAGUCCAGAAACAGACACCGAGAGUGCACCAUGCAAGUUUUUUCUACAGACUGUGAAACCUUGGCUUCAAAAGUUUUCUGCUGAGACAUCUGAAGAGAGCAUUCCUUUCAUUUUAAGUAUUGUAGAUAUAUUAUUUGCUGUUUGUUUCUCUCUCCCAUCUGAUAGUGGAAAACUUCUUCUGGAUGAAGUGACAGAGAUUCAAAGCCCUCAAGUUGUGGAAUGUCUGCUUGAACGGACCAUGAAGUUCCACACUGAGAACUCGGUUGUUAGAAAAUGGCUACAAGGAGAUGCAUUAGGACAAGCCAUACAGUCUAUAGCUGAGAAGUUGGUUUACAUGAGCCUACAGGACAGUGCUAGUUCAGUGGAUGAUACAACAAAUUCUAUUUGGAGGGCCUUACAACUGUGUUUUACAGCUACUGACCACUAUGAUCCACUCAUUGCCUCCUCAUACAUGAGUGAGAUUCUUAUGAUUUUCCAAAAGGCUGUGAAAGAUUCUACUAAUCAAGAAAAAAAUGUGGAAAAGAUAUCAAGAGUGAUAGAGUUUGUGUGUGACUUAGCAUCAAACUUGUUCACUAGUUUUAAAGGUUGUUGGAAGCUCAAAGCUUCGGAGAAGCUUUUGUUAACACUGUUUCUUUUGUGUUGUCGGGAUACCAAACAGUCGGGGUUAUCUGAACCAUUGAAAGAGAAGGUAUCAAGUACUUGGCAGACAGGUGUGCGUGAACUGGUUCUUCAGAAUGGAGGGUUUUCUUCAGAAAAUGGCAUGCUGCAAGAAGCUGUGAGACACCUAAAGAGUCUGGUCACACAAGAAGUGAAUUCGAUGAAAAGUUUAAAUAUCAUCAUAGACUGUACUUGGCAACUCCUUACUUCUGUGUACAAUGCUCUGAUACUGGCUGAUGAGAGUGAUAUAACUCCACCUCUCCAUCACCCUGUUUUAGCUUUUUAUCUGGAAAAUUUGCUUCAAUCAGCAGAGCAGUGGAAUCAGUUAGAAAAAGCCAUUCAAACAGGGAUUAUUUUAGAAAAUUGGGUAAAAGGACAUACAGUCUUGUUACAUAGUGAUGGUGAUCGAUCUGUGUUACUUACCACUAAUCAACAUCCACCACAGCACAUUUUUGUAGCUGUUUAUACUGCAGAACUUCUUUUGCGACUUCAUCAGUACUCUCCUUUAAUAAAUCCACCUGAUGAAGCUUGUGAUGAUACAACACAGAGUUUACAACAGUUCUCUCAUCUGCAGCUUAACUUGCCUUAUGUUUUGUUAGCCACUAUUUAUUCUACUAUUGCAGGUUAUGCUCAUAAAACUGUUAAAGAGUCCAAUGAAGAUUUAACUCGACAAGAACUACAUUACCUGCUUAACAAAUCCUCUUCCGCACUUAUAAAAAGCCUGUCUACAUCAGCUAUGGAGGAAAUGUUAGACAACAUAGGACAACGAGCUCCAGACAGCAUGCUUUGGACAGUUGUCCUUAGUCAUUUAUGUGCUCAAAUGGAAAACUGUGAUGUUAACCUUAGGCACUGGCAUACUAAGUAUGCUUCUACUCUUGAUGUGUUUCAGGGAAUAGGACACAGGAGAGUACUGCAGCAUAUGGUACCCUUCUUGUCUACUGACUGCCAGAAGAAUCUACUCACAUCUGUAAUCAAUCUUUUCCUCUGUUUGGAAGAUUUCUCCAAGGAAGGAGAAGAUAGUUUCAGCUGCCUUUCUCUGAUAACCACCUGUUGUCAACAAGAUGAAGUUGUUCAUGAUCUGUCUGUAAAAGAUGAAUUGGGAGCUCUUUUGAAUUUUCUCCAUGGUCUAAAAUCAACACAGUCAAUGCUGUUUGUGUGUUGCAGUGACCUACUUAAACAAAAGAAAGAGAAUGUACUCUUCAGCUGCCAAGUUAGCCAUUUCUUCCAGGUGAUAGUUCAACAGUUUCCAACACUACUAACCUCUAUCAACUGGGAUUUUUUGCUUUGUUUACUUGCUGAUUGGAUGCAGAGUUGUAGCCAUAGUGGAGAUACCACAACAGACAUCCCUUUACUUGCACUGAUGAGAAGAUCUUCCUUGCUUCUAGAAACUGUGUCAUCACUUGUUGGAAGCUUGAAGACACACCCUCAAAAGGAGCUAUUUCCACCUGAUCUUUCAGAUGAAUGGCAGAACGUUUUUAUGGAAACUUUGUAUAACACUGUAUUACAACUUUUUUUUAACAUAGCAGGAAAGGUACACAAAAAAGAUGUUGUAACAAUAGCAGAAGAAGGAGUUUUAGAAUCUCUGGGUUCCUGCUUAGAAGGUAUACCUGUUACAUACCUUCUGAACAUCACGCUACCUCCAAUACCUACUACAGCAGAAAAAUUCCAGUAUAGAUCACCAGAGUUACCAUCAUCAGUCACAUCUGUGCUACAACACCUGUGUCCACUGCUGACCUCUGGUGUCUUAUCUAUACAACUUGGAGCUCAUCAGUUGCUGACAAAGUUAGUUCCAGAACUACCCAAGAUGUUUUUGAACCAGGAGAAGAUGCAGGAUGAGGAAGAAAUUAUUAAGCCCCCACCAGCAGCUCUGUCAGCAGUUCUGGAUGAUACUAGUCAAGUGGUGGAAAUAUUACUCUCUGACUUUAGAGUUGGGGAUUGCUGUAUUGUACAACCCUACACAGACUCUUACACCUACUGUAUGGCCUACUUCCUCAUUUGGAUGGAGGUGAUGGACUUUUUCAGUGCCACCCCUUCAGAGAAUCGUUCAGAAUAUGCCAGUUACUUGAAGAAUUCCAACCAUCUUUCCAGUCUUCUUAGUUACCUCUUUCGCCUUAUGCCUUCUAACCCUACUCUUCCACACACUGGUGAGAAACAAGUCAGUCCCAGUAAAAACCAGGUUCCAACUCUUUUCUCCGAACCAGUCGACUUAUCUGUAACAAGCACACCUAGUUCACAUCAGCUUCAACACCUUGCAUGUCAGGUGUAUUUAAAUUCUUUGAAGAAACUACCUGCUCUGGUCCGCCAGUGGUGGACUGAACAAGACAAGAGAACUACGGACAUUGUUAACAGGUUCACAUCAAAGUAUGUCAGUAGCCUUAUCUAUACAGAGGAGAUCCAAGCUGUACAUCGUGGAGAUCAGAGAUUCAAGAAUUUAAAGGUUAAAGCUCGGCCAGCUGCACGGGAAGUAAUGGCUACCUACACCAUAGAUGAAGUGACAAUAGAACUGGUCAUUCAGCUGUCGGCCAAUCAUCCACUGGGUGGUGUUACAGUAGAUGGUGGAAGAAGAGUUGGGGUUUCUAACACCCAGUGGAGAAACUGGCUGUUACAAUUAACCACCUUUCUGACACACCAAGUAAGUGAAUGUGUUUGUAAGUUAUAUCACUUCAAACGUCGAUUGCAUAGAAACUAUUUCUUAUACCAGACUGUCAACAAAAAACAUUGAGAUACAUUUCAGCAU